AUGGCGAAAUCUAGGCGGGACAAGCAAGUUUCUCUUACAAAAGUUAAGAAGAAUGGGAAAGAGCUUAAAAAGAACUUGCUAGCAGAAGUUAGGAGAUGUGUCGAUGCGUACCAAAAUUUAUUUGUUUUCUCUGUCGAUAACAUGAGGACAACAAAGUUUAUAAAGAUUCGGCAGAGGUUUAAGACCAAUUCACGUUUCAUUUUUGGCAAAAAUAGUGUUCUGGCUCUUGCUUUGGGUAGAACAGUCGGGAGCGAGCAUGCUAAAGGACUCAGUAAAGUUAGUGCCUUACUAAAGGGGACACGAGGAUUAAUGUUCACGGAUGAGGAUGUGGAUACUGUGAUCAAGUUUUUUUCUUCUUAUGAGGAAAGGGACUAUUCUCGAGGAGGUGAAAUUGCUUCAAGGACCGUCGAGUUAUCUGAAGGUCCAGUUCCUCAGUUCCCCUUCUCUAUGGAGCCGCAGUUGAGAAAGUUGGGGAUGCCUACAAAAUUAAACAAAGGUACAGUAACGUUAACGAAGAACUUUUCUGUUUGUCAGGAAGGAGUGAAGCUUUCUGUGGACCAAGCAAGGAUUCUUAAGUUCAUGGGAGAAGAGCUUUCUUCUUUUAAAGUUAACCUUCUUGCAAGCUGGAAUAAAGAGAGCGGGUUCAGGAAGUUAUGA